GCACUGUAGUUGCGUGGUGAAUGCAUGCUUGCUGCUGCGUGGGCUGCUGUGUCCUUGGCCUCGGGGGUGGUCUCCUUUGCCGCCUGUGGCUCGCGUGGCCACGGGGGGCCCCAUCCGCCAGUCGCAAUCUGGCUCAGAGGUGCGGGGCGGCCGUAGUUCGGUGCCGCUGGAUGCCCAGCGCCGGAGCCGCUUCCCAGACAUGAGAGACCUCCUGCCUCGUCCUCAGAAACGCGCCUCCUCCCCCACCAGGCAAACCAAGCGAGCAUCACGCCCAGCAGAAGAUACCCGAGCAGAGAAAGUGACUUCAGCGUCUCGAGGAGACCCAGGCAAAGCAUCGCGCACGCAGCCACUGCCCUCUGCACCGCUCAACUCUGAAGCUCCUUCCAGCCGCUCCCGACACGCGAAGCAGCAGGUGGAGCAGCCUUCGCGCCACGCGGAGCGGCCCGCGGGAGGCGUCCCGCAGCCCGCAGGGAUGGGUGUGUUGGGGUUUCCUCGACUCGCAAUCCUCUCCACGGGCUCUCUACAGCGCCGUGCCGCCACCUCUUCGCAGCGGGACACGGGGCGCCCUGGCCGGACGGGACCCACGGUCGGGGGCCGUUCGGUGGAACUCCAGAAUUCUCCUGCGCAACUCACGCGUAUUCCCCGCUUCCAUUCGGCGGGUGCUGGAGGGGGGCACCACCACUACCACCAGCAGCAUCAGCAGUCCCCACUGGCCACGCAGGCCACCCACGUAGGCCAGCAGCAGGACCUGGCUAGGUUUGGCUUUCAGCCCCCCAAGGCCCGUCACAUGUUGAAGCCCAAGGACUUUCAAUGGGGGCAGACAGCAGCAGUCUAGCAGUUAGGCUUGCUACCUGUCUGGGUUGACCAGAACAGUCUGGAUAUUGGCAACCAUGUUUGGGUUGCAGAUCUGGAGGUAUUAUGUGUAACUCUAUCAUGUCCCGGUUUGAUCUAGUGGAAAAGGUGGUGAUGCGAUGAGUAGUGCACUCAAGCCAAUCGCGUGAGCUAUGUUUCACCUUGGGAGCAAUACCGCUUUUACAUGUUUCUAUUGUACGGUCGUGGGCCUUGGCAGCUGUUUGUAGGGUGCUGCUGUGUAAUGACUUUUUAGUAGUUUGACAUAAUCUAGUUUAAUGGACCCCCUCCGUAAAUUGUGGUCUUGGAUUGUUGCCUCCUCUCAUCACUUCCAUUGCUGUGCUGCAGUGGUUGUCAAUGAGGUACGAAACCACGUGCGUCUCGACAUGUGAGAUGGUGCACACACAAAGCCAUGUCCCAUAAUUUGUUUUGAACACAAACGGUCUCCAAAAAUUAGCUGAUCAGGUGGCUGCUCAUCAGCAUAGCGAGUGACUCGCAUUCGGAAGGUCGCAAGUUAAAAUCCUUGUUGGAGGCUCAAGCAGCCCAUCCUCCCUCCGGGGUUGAUAAAAUUAGUACCACUUUAUGGGAAGGUCAACAGUGGUUGUCCUAUGGAGAGACUCGCACCCACCACUGGAAUCUCUCCACUGUCUCGGUGCUGUAAACUUGAGAUGAGCAUCAUUGCCUCUUGUCAUGAGCAGAAAAUCACAAUUGUGCUGGCAGGUGUGGGAGGGGCUGGCAAGGGUGGUUGUUAAAAGGCAGUGAAAAAUGUCACCAGGUGGUUUGUAACGGGUGGUCAGCUCUGCCCUCAUGACGCCCUUGCUAGUUCAGGAUACGAGCGCUCGAUGACUUCCCAGGGUCACUCUGCUGAAAUAAAUAAAUAAGCAUACAAUCCGCCUCCACAUAAAAUAUAUAACGUGAUUAUUCACUCUUGAGCAUCAUUCACAUCCUAUCAGCUAUGCGGCCUUGUAUAAUUUUAGAGAAGGUUUUUGUCUUUGUACAUCUGACAUCAGUAUUGAUUCAAGCAAGGCUGAUUGCUGAUGAGACACUGAAUGUCAAAGCUGUUCCAGAGUUUGUGUUGAACCAAUGCUCCAUAAUAAAGUUUUUUUGGGUUAGAUCGCGUAAAUAUAUAAAUUUGUCGUUAAAACCCGCCA